UCCAUCAAAUGCUUCAAAGCAUUUGUAGCGAGACUUUGACUACAGCCACUGUCACGUUUGUUACAAGUGUGAUGUUACUUUAUCACGAAUGAUUUAGUAUUCAUACAGAUAUAUAAUUUUUUGAAAAUCAUCUUUGAAGCUGCGAAUAAUAUAUUAUAAUGGCGCAAAUAGGGAACGUAACGGCAGAUCAAUUAAUGGCUGGUACCAGUGUAUUGUCAAGACCUGCUGAAGAAUUCGAAAAUGACCCAUCUCUGGAAGCAAUGUGGGCAAUCAAAGCCAUGGAACAUGCAGAGGUUUAUUUUAAUAUUUUAUGCUCGGUUGACCCGAAGCUUUUGAAACUCACACCUCAUGAUGAACAAAUCUAUAAAACUUUUAAAGAUACGUUUCCUAAUAUGAAAGUGAAUAAAGUGGAUGAAGACGAGUUGAAAUCUCCAGAGGGGAAGAUAAAAUGGAGGUUCUUUUGUGAACAAUUUAAGGACGUUGUGGAGGACUAUAGUUUUGGUACACUAUUGAGAGCAGAUUGCACUGGAGAUUAUUCGGAGCAGAAUAGCAUACUAACAACCAGGAUACAAUUUUAUGCUAUAGAACUCGCAAGGAAUAGAGAAGGUUUUAAUGAUAGUGUACGAGAAAAGUACAAAUCGAAUAGAACUAUAAAAAAAUAGAUUUGAUAUUAUAAUUAGUUACAUUAACA